AUUAAUUUGUUUUUCUGUAACAAUUCAAAGCUGACUUGGAGAAUUUUUAUCUGUAAAUUGAAAAGGUAUACACAGAGAAAAAGCCGCUCUGUCUCCCUCCUUCCUCCUUGUUCGUUCUCUUCCACUCUCCUCUCUAUAUCCUCCACAUCUCUCUCGGUUCUCUCUCCCAUGACUCUCUUCUGAUCUUGAAGCUCAUCAUCAUUUGGAUCCAAGGCAACAUCUUCAGGUUUCAUUAGGAAAAAAUGAAUCACGUACCUUCUGAUCAGAGCUUUUACAUUGAGAGCGAGGAUGAAGACGACAGGAAAGAUUACGCAGAAGAAGAAGAAGAAGAUGGUCAUAGCCAUUCUGAUUCCUCUGAUGCUAAUGAUGAACAUCACACGCAGUAUAAGCCCAACUCAUACACUACGGCUUGGCCACAGAGUUAUAGGCAAUCGAUUGAUCUUUACAGUAGUGUACCGUCUCCCAGUAUCGGUUUUCUUGGGAAUAACUCGAUGUCGAGAUUCGGAAGCUCUUUCUUGUCUUCUUCCCUGAUAAGAAGACACACUCCUGAAUAUUUACCUACGGUUGCAAAGCCUCUGCUCGAAGCAGAAGAACAAGCACCACCACCACCUAAACACAGGCUUAGCUCUCAUGGCUUGCUCCCUCCUGUUCCUCCUUCUAGGAGAAGUUCCAUGCGAAAGGACGAGAGAGUGUCUCAUGAAGUUCCCAUGUCACGCAAUAGCUCAUACGGACAAGCUGUUAUGAAUGGAUUGAACGUUCUAUGUGGAGUUGGGAUACUUUCAACGCCUUAUGCUGCUAAAGAAGGAGGAUGGUUAGGAUUAGGGAUACUGUUUAUAUAUGGUCUUCUUUCUUUCUACACAGGAAUCCUCCUGCGUUACUGCCUUGACAGUGAGUCUGACCUCGAGACUUAUCCUGAUAUUGGCCAAGCUGCUUUUGGUACCACUGGUCGUAUCUUUGUCUCGAUAGUACUCUACUUGGAGCUAUAUGCGUGCUGUGUUGAAUAUAUAAUAUUGGAGAGUGAUAAUUUGUCUUCAUUAUAUCCAAAUGCUGCUUUAAGUAUUGGAGGUUUUGAGUUAGAUGCACGUCAUCUGUUUGCUUUGCUAACCACUAUCGCUGUUCUCCCUACCGUUUGGCUCAGAGAUCUCAGCCUACUGAGUUACAUCUCAGCUGGAGGGGUGAUUGCAUCGGUGCUAGUGGUUUUAAGUUUGUUUUGGAUUGGUUUGGUAGAUGGAGUUGGAAUCCACAGCAAAGGAACUACACUGAACUUGUCAACUUUACCUGUAGCUAUAGGGCUCUAUGGUUACUGCUACUCAGGACAUGCUGUUUUCCCCAACAUUUAUACUUCUAUGGCCAAUCCAAAUCAAUACCCCUCUGCUCUCUUGACAUGCUUUACUAUUUGCACUCUGAUGUAUGCUGGUGUUGCUUCUAUGGGUUAUACAAUGUUUGGAGAAGCAACAAAAUCACAGUUUACUCUCAACUUGCCGCAAGAUUUGGUUGCAACUAAGGUCGCUGUGUGGACUACUGUGGUGAAUCCAUUUACUAAAUAUGCUUUGACCUUAUCUCCAGUAGCACUGAGUCUUGAGGAACUGAUACCAUCAAGGCAUAACAAGUCGCAUUGGUACGCCAUUGCCAUUAGAACCGCAUUGGUCUUUUCUACUCUGCUUGUCGGUCUUGCAAUACCUUUCUUUGGUCUUGUCAUGUCAUUGAUUGGAUCAUUGUUGACAAUGCUUGUCACUCUAAUACUUCCACCAGCUUGUUUCUUGAGCAUAGUACGGAGAAAAGUUACCAGGACACAGAUGAUGCUAUGUGUCUUAAUCAUCAUAGUAGGAGCAAUAUCUUCUGUCGUUGGCUCUUAUUCAGCUCUCUCUCAGAUCAUUGAGAAACUUAGCAGCUGAACAUAGUCUCUAUUCUUUUUUUCUUUCCACAAACUCUUAUACCCACUUUUGUCUUUUGUUUUCAUAUAGCAAACUCAUUCUUGCAUACACAUACAUGGUUUGAAACAAAUACAUUAAUAAAACAAUGGCUACUUUUAAA